AUGCGGAGCGCGUCGCGCGCGGGGGGACGACUCGAUUCACCGAGCUCGAGUGGAAUUCCACUGAACUCGCACGCAUCGCCCGUGAACGCGACGGAGAGGGCUCUGUUCGACGAAUCGUCGAGGAGCGGGACGUCGAACUCGAUCAGGAAGCCGCGCGCGGGGACGGGCGGACUGACGUCGGGAGGCGGGAACGCGCUCGGCGGAGGCGGACCGAGCGGCGCGAACGGGAAAGAACUCGAGUUACAGGCGACGACGUGCGAUGAAUUGGCGAGAGUGAUCGAGAGCCGGAAGGGUUCGCGAGAGGCGAGCACGCUGAGCGAGGCGCUGAGGACGUUCGACGUCGUGGAGAGCGUGUUGAGACGGAAUAGGGAAAACUUGAGGGAGUUUUUUAGCGCGUGUUUCCAACCCGUUCUGUGGAGGGCGUUCUCUUUCGACGGUUACGCCUCCGAGGGCUGGUUCAACGCCGCGUUUCACGGUGACGAGAAGCGGGUGCGAGAGUUUUUGAGCUUUUUCUCCCCGGAGAGCUCGUUCAUGAGAGCGAUGCGAGCGGCGGACGCCGAUCGGUUGGUGCAGUUUGCGUUUCCGCUCGAACGACUGCCGGAGCGGACGCAGCGCAUGUUGCAGACCGAGAGCGGGGCGGCGGCGCUGAAUAGGGCUCCGCCGUACGCUGGGUGCGUGAAGCGAGACAGUGCGGGGAAGUAUCAGGUGCACUUGGGGCUAUACGAUUACUUCAUAUUUUGGCUCGCGUACUUUUCGAUGCGUCCAGGUGGGGGCGGCAGAGGAUCGGUGACCUACGGACGCUCCACCGCGCCGUCGUCGUCACCGUUCAAGAGCGAUCGUGGUUACGGUGCGUCGUCCAGCGGCACGUUUUUGAGCGGACAGUGGCCUACGACGCCACUCAUGUCUCGCUCGUCGAGCGCUCAAGUGCACCCGUACCACGAGCUCUUGCUCGCACAUCUCAGCUACUUCCUCCCGCGCGAGGCGGCGUCGAGUAAAACUUGGAGCAAAGGCACGAACGAUUCCACGGGGGCGAACUCGCGACAAGGAGAGGUUUUGGUGAGCAUCUUGGCUGAGUUUUGGAUGCCCGUCGAGGAGGCGCAGUCGUCGGAUGUCGCCAGGCACGCGAGCUCGCCGUUCCGAAGCUUCAAUUCGAUGGGUCGAGUCGUCGACGCGGCGAUGAGAAAUGUCGGGAUGACUCCACCGCGAUCGAGUGAGCGCACGCUCACUCGGCAUUACUCGUACAAUCCGCCGGCGACGGAGCACGUCAACGCGGUGUCGCUCUUGGUGACGUAUUUGUUUGCCGAACUCUCGGAUCGCCGAAAAGAGAACGCAGAUGCGAUGAAAGUGAUCGAUCGGGCGCGAGAACUUAUUCAGAGACCGCUCUAUGGAUUUUUACGUGAGGCUUUUACGCAAUGGCCGACGGAGAGCUCCACGAACCUGUCACCAAUCGUGACGCUCUGGGUGUGCUACUGCGCGCCGUGGUGCGCCAAGCACCCGGAGAGCCAGCUAAAGAAGUCAUCGACGCGAAGCAGUUCUCCACGAGCACUUCUGUCGUCUCCACUGAAGUCACCCCUCAUGUCGUCCGAUCGUGGUGCUUCGAUAUCGGCGAAAUAUGACGAUUUCUUGCUACCAAGUGGGAAGGGGUUCAAGUUUGACGACGACGUCGUGGACACCCCCGGGCGUUUCUCGCACGUUCGUCACGUCUUGAAGAGCAUUCCGUUUUACCACGAGUUGAUGAAACACUUUUUAGAGCUAUGCUGCAAGCGCGUGCCGCUCGAUGCGGAGGGAACGGCUAUGGCCCUGCGUGUCGUUUUGGAGCCGCUCGCGGCAUCAUCGAAACUGCUUCAAAUCCUUCAAGACGUCGAGGACGGCUACGCCGAGUUUGUGCUCGAUCCGUUCAAGGGAACGCUCAAAACGAUGCAUGCGCGGGAAGAGGUCGCGGCGAACGCGGAGUCGUACUAUCCGCUCAUCCGCACGCAGCUUCAGGCUUGGGAGCCGGAUGUUGAAACACCAUCGCUUGGUGAUUCCUUGCCCGGCACGCCCAGCGCCACUAAGAACUCGCCCUUGAGUAAAUGGCACGGUGCCGCGGCGCGCUUGAUGGCAAACCGAGAGAGUGAGAUGGACAAGGCGAAGAGUGGGUCGAAGCACUUGCGCAUGUUCACACCGGAGACGGAUGGGUUGGCUCAGGUUGCAAUUGCCCUCAUCCACCGCCUUGAGCGAGACGCGACGCAAGUACCCAUGACGCACGUACUUCGCAAGCACGUGCCGCGGUUUCGAACGGCUGCGUUCACGGUGUUCCGACUGGAGAGAUUUCGCGAUACGCCGUACCUCAAGAGCCCGACAGCGGCGGCGUACGUGGACGCCGACGCCAGCGAGCGCCGAAACGGCUGGGCGUCCGGUCGCACGAGCGCCAAGGAAAUGUACAGGGGCGAUUGGAUCCAUCGACCAGUCGGGGCGAAUGAAAUCACACUCUUCGUACGACUUUUGGUCCCGCUCUCCGUGUAUCUGAACAAAAAGAUGGGGCUUGACGGUGUGGCGACACUCAAGCGCAAAUUGACCAUGGCGGACGCGCGCGACGCAGUGAGCGAGUCUUGGAUCGCUGCGCGUCGCGUGAGACGAGAAAACGCCGCGUUAGAGUACGUAAUCCCCAUACUUGCAGUGAUUCAGGCGCUGACGCUCGGAAUGUGUCGAAAGAAGGGCAUCACAGUGAACCUUCGCCCGCUCGCCGAAUACCAAAUGCUCGUGCUCAUCUUUGCGUUUCGGCUCUUGAUACGAUUCUUCGGAGCUCUUUUCGCUUAA